AAAGUCACCUGAUUGUUUUUAAAUAUAUCUAACAUAUUUUAUUAACCCUUUUAGUGUAAGCAAUUUGAAAACAAAAAAUAAAAAGCUUUUAGGUCGCACCGCGUGCUCCCUUAGUUAAACUAUUUGGCCGGGCGAGUUCAUUGGAAGUACAGAACUUUCCCAUAUUGAAAACUGAGGGAGGACCGGUCGGUCUGCUAAUUCUCCCAAUGACACCUGAUCAGAUGGCAGAGCUUAAGAACCAGGUAAGGCCCAGGAAACGUCCGACCGCCAGCAAGCCGAUCAAAUCCAAAGAGCGCGUGAUGUCGGAUUCGGAACUGCUCAGUCUCAGGGAUGAACUCGACAAGAUCAUCGAGCUGAAGAAAAUCCCACCUCAGAGCGAUGUGGUGUUUUCACAGCAGUACAUCAUGACGAACAGGGAAAGGAAACCUAUGAUGAUAAAAGACCUGUGCGAGAAGUUACACGAGGAAGAGAAGGAAAGGAAAGAAAAGAAAAACGAAUGGCAGAACAGUACGGACAAAGAGGAGAGAGUUUCCUGGGUGUGGGACAUGCACCCUAAUGUCAAACAGUUCUACGCUGAAAUGGAAACCCCUUCUUUGCGUAAGAACCACCCAGUUUUAGACUCAGGGGUCGUGACCAGCGAAGACAGAAAAUUGCUGAGAGAUAUGAAGCUUUAGAAAAAUCAUAAUAAAAAAAAAUUAUUGAAAGUCA